UCGGUGCCACUAGACGGCUAAAAGCACACACUUCAGCCUCAGGCUUUGGUUGGCUAAUCCGUUCGAUAUUUUUCUUCUGAGAAAGCAAAGGCUUUGCAAAGGCAUUUGAACUCCAGUACAUGGCGCAUCCUCUAUUCUCCACUCCAAUUUGUUCCUUGAAAUCCUCAAACAGACCAGGGAUAGUGACCCGCAAUUCGGUCGACCGAAAGGCUUUCCAGAUAAUCGAAGCAUGUCAGAAUUCUAAAGCUCGCAACUUACAGUCUUUCGAAAUCAAGGCUACUAAUGAUAAUAAUCAAAGCACCACCAAAGCAAAGAGCAUCGUUUGUUCUAACUGUGAAGGAAAUGGUGCCAUAUCAUGUUCUCAGUGCAAAGGAAGUGGAGUUAAUUCUGUAGAUCACUUCAAUGGGCAGUUUAAAGCUGGUGGACUAUGUUGGCUUUGCAGGGGUAAGAAACAGGUUUUGUGUGGAGAGUGUAAUGGAGCUGGUUUUCUGGGAGGAUUCUUGAGCUCAUUUGAUGAUUAGAGUCGCAAGAUUGCCUAUAGAGAGAAAAGGUGGAUCAAAUGUUCCUCUGUUGAUUUUUGUUUGUUUUGUUUCUAAAUAUUGCCAUAUGUAAUUGUGUCUGUAAGAAACAGCAUCUGUUUCACGGUUUUCACAAUAUUACCUUGAAGCAAGGGAAGUGUAGAAUCGUUUUGUAUUGAUUGAUGUUUAUGACUUCAUUCAGUGCAUACCUGCUAGAUUUUUCCAAUA